CUCUGCUUGGAGACUACCAUUUUCACUUUUCAAAGCGGGCGGGUGCCGCUGGCCAAUGGCGAGGCGCGUACCAUGAGCUUGUGCCCGUGCAGCUCAGCCGGGCCUCACGUGAGACCCGUCCGUCAAGGAAAGUCCCUCCUGUCGCCUCGGGCCAGCCAGAACACAAGCGGAAGCCGCCGAAACAGCAUACAACGAUCCAUGGUGCCGAUGUACGGGCAACUUCUCACCGAAACUACACUCAAGUAGUCUGCAUGUUAGGCAGUGAACGAAGAGGAACAAAGCGAAAGCUAACCACAAUGGCAGACGACCCAGACGACCUGGCUGACCGCAAGACCUCGGGUCUUCCCUAUGCAGCGGAGCGGCAGUCCUGCUUCCGAAUAUCCCUGGUCAAGUUGCAGGCAGCUCAGCGGCUGAUCGAGCCCAGUCUGAGAAGAUCGGUUCUCAUCUGCAACACCCUCAAACACAUAGAGGACGAACUGAGAGCGGAGGGAAACCUUGGCCUACUCCACAGUGCGUACGCCUUUGCAACCGGCAACACACCGGCCUGUGCGCCACCCACGCCGAUCAGGCAACCGGAGCCAAUGCCACUGACUCUUAAUGAAUCUGCAGCUGAAGACAUUGCGUCUUAUAUAGAGGAUCUGAACAAUGACACUGUGCAGAAGGAGGAGAGAAGGAAGACAAACAAGCUCGAGUGUGCCACAGUAAACCAAAGUACAGGGUCACCGGAGGAGACGGCCAAGGACCACUCCCCCAGCUGUAUGACCCUGACCAACGCACAGCUCCGGAUACAGUCCAGCUCCCUCGGCGCAAACACUGUGCAGUCCGACUCCAUCAACCUGGACGAAAUCUUCUCAGACCUUGACAAUUCGCUGUACGACCUUGACUUCCUCACGCCAUACACCGCAAACAUCAAACUCACGCCUCUGAGCGAGGACGACGUGUCCAACUCCUUCAGCAGCGCCAGCUUCGCAACACACCAAGUAACAACCAACCAAACCUGUCGACAGACCGAAGAGUGGAACGAACUGGACCAUAUAAUGGAGGUGCUCGUCGGCAUGUAGCAUAUCUUUCCACCGUACCCAGAGAGCAAAUUUUGAUACCAGAGAGUUCUAUAUUUUGGAUGGUACAGAGUAUUUAUAAGUGCCUGACAAGAUGCCAGAAGCUAUUGUUGUGGGAAGGAACAGGUGCAGGGUUGCCACUGAAGGACUAUAGGUUAGAGGUCACCCCUGCAUCUGUACCCUCCCCUUUGGAAUGACAAAUGUAAGUUAUUACUCUAUUUAUUGGGAAGAGUGAGUAUGAAACUGCAAUGGAAAGUAGAGUGCAAGUGUAUUUGCCAGUGAGAAGUAUUUUAUAUAUAUAUGUAUAUAUAUAUAUAUAUGAGGCUAUUUCUAUCAAGUCUACUGUAUGAAAGGAUGGUUGCAGAUAUGAUGUGUGUGUUGCUCCCAAGGCUGUGAGUGGGACAACAGAAAACCUAGGCUCUGAGAACCCCAGACUGUGGAUCAGUCAAGUCCCUUCUCCAGGAUCUAGUCAAACUUGUCCCCUUAUCACGGAUCACAUAAAAACAAGAAGCAAACGUGUCUUAAAGUUAUACAGGGAAGAACACCCUUGGACUGCCUUUUUCAGAAGCCUUUGAUAGGAACGGAUGAGCAUGUAUGAUAAGGGGACUUGGCCAUUUAACUUGUAAACAUGCAAAAUCAGUUGCUUUGAUCAUGUUGCAACAAUUUUCAGUAUAUGUCAGUCAGUAAGUAUAUCUUUGGGCCUGUUGGGCCUGCUCGGUCACCAAAUUAUGUCUCAACUACAACUUAAGUGACUCACACAAAAUGUUGUUGGAACUAUUUUCAUCUCUGCUCAACUUCCACUUUAACAUAUGUGAUCAAUUUUGGCAGCUGAAAUGAAUGUCCAUGGCGGACAAAUUCCUUAGACUACUACUCCUCAUGUAUAUGUCAGUAGAUACGUAGAUAGAUAUUGUGAAAAGCAUAAAGUAGCCAUGCUAAGAUAGGUAAAGGACAGAAGAGGGCACCCAUACCCUCUCCUGGUGCCAAAGGUGUGUCCUAUGACGUUCAUGGAAAGUCCAUGUUCUGAGGAGAAAAGAGGUCUGAAGAAAACUAAUUGUUUCUUAUCACCAAAGGCAAUGUCAUCUGAUUUUCCCGGUCCUGCAGCCGGAGGACUAAAUCACAGAAAACAUUUUCUCCACUUUCCAAAUACAUCUUAGAUCAGACUACCUUCAGAGUGAGUCAAGAUUUGGCUUUAUGUCAAGAAGGGGAACAAAAGGCGUUUCUAUUUUUGUACUUGAACUCUGUUAAGACUGCUUAGAGACUGGAACAUUCCUGGAGUUAGACAUGAAAACGUGACACCUUAGUAUGGAAACACAGUUUAGCAUUGAGAAUGCUAGUAUAGUGUAAAAAGAGACAUGUUGCAGUACAGUGGAAAGAUGACAAGCUAUUUAUUGAUGAAAUGUACUUCUCUAAAUCCAAAGAGAAAAUAGUCCAGCUUUGUUAGACACUAUACUUUAUACCAUAAAUUUUCAUUAUAAGUCUUGGUUCAUGUGGGCAUGGAGAGUUAGGGGCAGUGAAAAUUUGGAGAAGCUUAAGCCAAAGAACACAAAAACUCAUACUAGCUUUGGGAAAUUUUGCACAGUAAAAUUCACUGAGAAGCCCUCUUGGUGUUAAAAAUUUUACUUCUGAAAAACUGUCAAAGAGAGGAUUUUCAGGCGAUGGCUAUGAAAGUGACCUUCAAACUGUUUACAAGAGCACUGAAAUUAGAAUAUGUGAACUUUUCUACGUUCCUCUGUGAUGAAUCAUGGUGUGAUGUAAUCUGUAAUGAUUUCCUCUCUGUGCCAAGACUUGGCUCUCCUGCCUGCACGGACAGGAAAACAACCCAGUGAUGAUCCCUCCUAUCAGCUGAUUGUAUCUGCAGAUAUCCCUCAGGCCUGUCUACCCAGGCUUUGGAUGGGUGCAUCUUAAGAUGGGGAGAGCUUGACAAAAAAUUCUGCAAUAAGGUUGACUGUUUUUUCUGACAAAACAGUCAUCAGUCUUACCUCCCAGUCAGGAUGUCAAAUUAGUGAACUUCCGUGUAAGUGGAGGUUUCGUCUGCACAUACUUUGUGCUCUUCUCUUGGAGCAUACAUGACAAGAUGUCAGAAAUUGAAGGAGGCCAUGAGGGUUCUUUACGAUGAAAUUGUUGUACAUAGUUAAAUAGAAUAGGAACAAACUAUUUAUCAUUGUUACUGAUGGUCUGUCCAAUUUUUUUAGUAUCACAUUAUCAAUUUGUGAAGAGAUUAUCAUAUAUCUGAAUGUGUAAAUGCCUUGAGACAAUAUGCACAGUUUUGUUUUUAAAUCUGUCGAUAACUUGUAUGUAUACAAAAGUCCCUGAAUUUCCUGAAAUGUAAUCUGUCCUUUGCACUUUUUUUAUAAUUUUGUACAUUCUAAAUUUAAGUAAGAUUAUUUAUACAUUUGUAAAUAUGAACCUGACAUGUUACAGACUGUCUGAAACUGUGCUGUAAGCUGUUGCUAUCAUCUAUGUCAGGCAGUUCCAAUUUCCUUGCUUGGUUCUUAAGUCUUGUGAAUAGCAUCUCAGUACAAAAGGAGGUACAAAAAUGUACUUAAGACUCAUUGUAAAACACACAGUUCCAAAUAUUCCUUCAAACAUUUGCCAACCUCUGUGCAGUUAGCAUUUUCAGGCAAUGAAAUGAAUGUUAAGUCAUUGAAUGUCUUUGCUUGCUGGACAAAAUUGACAUCUAUGCAGUGCAUAGAAGUGGAGACUUUGCAAGUUUUGUACAACACAUGAGAAAAAGUGGAUGUAAGAUACAAAAGUUGUAGUAUGCACUGCAAGCCCCAGUAGCACAUAGUGUGGUCACCCCUUAGCCUAGGUACCACCCCAGUUGGCAUGUGCUGGCUCUAAAAGUGAUAGCACAAUCCAAGUGCUGUGAUUAUGGGUGAGCCUAACCAGGAUGAUACCUAGGCUAGCAUGUUCUUACAUUCCUGAACCAAAGAAGCAGAAAUGUAUGGAAUACCUGCAAUAAGCUCUCUGGUGUUGCAGGACUAUUACAUGUGUACUACUACUUGUUUCUUGGUACUGCAUUUGGAGUUGGGCCCAGCAAAAUGAAAAGAAAGUGACUUGAUAUGGACCUUGGUCAUGGCACUCCAAUCUCCAAACUGUCACAUAAGGUUAAAUUGUGAAAAGGAUGUUCCAUCGUGAUUGUUGUCACAUGGCUAUGUUGCACAGAGAAUGUAUUUCUCAGUAGUUGGGAUUGAUUAUGAAAAAAGGAUCAUGAAAUAUUUGGAAACUGGACAGGAAAAGUAUGUUGUGUUAUCCAUAGGCAAUAUUGGCCAUGGGUUGCAAUAACUGCACAACUUUUUGUAACUUUCUUCCAAUAUUCUGUUAAAUGCUUGCAAAGAGAAGACAUGUAUGUUUGGUUGGAAGAAGCGAUCAUUAACUUGAAUGCAAUGUACCAAGUACAUAUAUGUUAUAAUUGUAUAAUGUGGUUGUUAUUUCAACAGAUGUGUUUUGCUAAAGCAACCUGUAAUUUUAUAAACAAGAGCAUUUCAGUUUCUUACAUCCAGGAAAUUCCAAACAUGAAACCGUUCUCAGCUUGAUGCUCAGAUAGUUGAAAAAAGUACUGGACAUUCAGUGAUGGGGAAAGAAAGCUGUAGAAUCUUGUCAGCAUCCUUCCAACAGGCCAGUACUGUAACAGGGUCAGUCUAUGCACAUCCCAAAUGUGUUUGUGUUGCAGCUAUGAAUAUAUCUCUUCUUUUCUGAAUAAAUUUCAUCCUAAGGCCAUAGA